AUGGCUUCCAACCCAGACCGUGGAUUGUCUCACCGUGGUGUUCUCCACGAAUAUGCCCCUAGGCUGGUAGCCUUUGAGUUUACACCGCCAGCCAGCGUCAACAAGCCAAACAGCUUGAUUUUCGUGGGCGGACUCACUGAUGGAUUCUGCACAGUGCCAUAUGUGUCGAAACUAGCAGAGGCACUGGAGUCGACCGAUUGGUCCGUCUUUUCCAUCCUGUUAUCUUCCUCCUACAAUGGCUUCGGAGUUGGCAGUCUCGACAAGGAUGUAGAGGAGAUUGGUCACUGUGUGCGGUACAUUCGCGACCUCAAGGCCUCUAGACAGCCCGGAGCCCCAUCCAAAUCUGCAAAGAUUGUGGUCAUGGGCCACUCAACCGGCAGUCAGGAUGUCCUCCACUACAUCCAUGCGCCUAACCCGUUGCCAAAGCCCGAGUUCGACAUUGGGCUUGAACAUAUCGUUCGGCCAGAACUUGACGGUGCUAUCAUGCAGGCCCCCGUUUCAGACCGCGAGGCUGUCCUGGCAAUUAUGAAAUCUGCCACAAACCCUUCCGAGGUCCGAGGGGCCUUCGAUCAGCUCGUCAGCUCUGCCAAAAAGCAGCCCUGGACCGAGGAAGGAAGCGACACUCUCCUACCCAUGAAUAUGACUGCAAAGCUUGGUCUUCCAGGCGAUGCCCCGCUCAGCGCUCGUCGAUUCUUGAGCCUGAUCAGUCCGGAUAGCCCCGCAAGUCCCUCACAGGAUGACCUUUUCAGUUCCGACUUGAGCGACAAGCGUCACCAAGAAACGUUUGGAGCUGUUGGAUCCCGAGGCAUCCUACAAUCCAAGCUGCUGGCUCUUUACUCUGGGAGCGACGAAUGGUGCCCCGCCUGGGUUGAUAAAGAGAAGCUGAUGCAGAGAUGGAAGCAAGCACUCGAGGCUGGAGGCGCGUCCUGGGCAGAACAGAGUGGUAUUGUCCCCGGUGCGAGUCAUAAUGUUCGGGACGAAGGUCAGAGGGACUUGAUCGAUCGCGUCUUAGGUUACUUGGAAAGCAUCUAG